AUGGACAAGACUCGGAAUCUUGAAGAGUCGUUGAAAGCUCUCGCCCUUAAAGAAUCAGCGGGGUCACGAGGCGAACAGGGUUUGCUGGACCAUGAGGUCGAGAUCUUCGAAACGAGCUAUUCACAACUCCGUGCUGAACCGAACCUUCCUGAUAUUCGCAUCCGCAUUCUGUGCCACGCUCUUCCGAACAGGAACUAUGAUAUGGUCUCGAGGCUCUUGGCAGAUAUCGAUGAGAAAGCACUUUGCGUGCACGGUCAGCUGUGUAUUAUGAAGGCUCUCAUUCUCAAUAACGUCCAGCCAGGAUCUGUGCCAGGGCUGCCAGAGUCCAUGGGCAAGAUUUUGGCUCUGCUACUGAGACAUGGUGCUCCUGCGGCAGUUGCCGACGAGCAUGGCAAAUGUCCUCUAUACUUCGCUUGCAAGACGGGGGACUCGAGAACUUUUCGGACGCUUAUAGAAGCAGGUGCCAAUGCGCGUCAGCUGGUCUCCUUAAACAAGAGCAAGUACGGCGAGGUUCAAUUAGGAGAAAGCAAAGAGCGGUUCACGCAACAUCUACUUCAGGCAACGUGGCGAUCCUGGCAAAGUGCAAGAGAAUAUCCACAUUCACUCGACCACCGUCAAGAAGAUCUUGCAAAAGGGCAUGCAGCGAUCAUCCUGCAACUGCUUGACAUGGGCUUAGAAAUGGAUACAGCUGAUCCCGUCCUCGUCUCCGUGUAUCAUAUGCUGUGCUGUCAUGGACACUUGGAACGAGUCAAGAAGCUGACAAGUCUUGGAGUAAGCGUCCAAGCAAGAGGGGUGGACUGGAACCGUGGAUUCUCGGUCACAUUUGCACUCCAAGCCGCUGCGAUCGGCUGCCAGUCGCAAGUCGUAAAGUACCUCCUGGAGCACGGGGCGUCACGAAGCUCUAAAGGGCGAAUUUAUACGGGUCGAUGGGGCUCACUAAAUAUUUCCGAACCGGAAAGACCUAUGACGGCCUUGGUCAGCGCUCUGUAUUAUCAUCGCAGCUCGGGCGACAUUCGCGACAUAUGCCGGCUCCUCUUCGACCCUCAUGCCGACGAAGAUGAUCUACGGUGUUUGCUUUACUUCAGCAUCGAACAGGGAUGGAUGGAGAUGGUGAAGGACCUACUCGCAAGAAAGGUACGGGUCGAAAGUGUUCCGCUGUGUUUGAACACGGAAAUGAUCGAUACCGUUGCUCGUCAUGGCGUUUGUCUGGAUGGUAGGCGCUUUCUGCAGUAUGCAUUGAACCGUGGCAACUUGGAACUGCUGAAGUAUCUGGAAAAAGACCAUGGCGUGGGGAUCGAUUUGCACGACUUCCCACAUGUUGCACUUGGCUUGAUGAGACGAUAUCACUAUCAUCAAUGGGCACGAGACACCACAAGACGUGCCGAGUAUGCGGAGAUCAUGAAGUAUCUGCUGGGUGGACUUUUGUUGGUGGUGAAUGAUGCCUUCAGGAUGGCACGGAGGACAAAUCUGGAUGUCGACUUCGAAGACUAUUACACCUUGAAGGAUGUCAGUGACUUUGCUAAUUGCGAGAUCGUCAGCACAGACAUGGAUGCCUACCCUCCCAUUCGUCUCGGCGACGAUACGUCUGAUCCUGGAGUCCAGACAAGCCUUCUACGCUUGGCUUGCGAAUGGGAGCUGUAUCCUGUAGUACGAUGGCUCGUCGAAGAUGAGGACGCCGAUCCUGCAUGCCCAGGACUCACAUGCUGUGCUCUGGACUACUACAUUCAGCGGCCGCCUCUUGAAUCCCGUCUAUUGGGCGAUGAUCUUGAUGAACGGCUCGCACUACUCCUCCUUGAGCGAAGCAGAGACGAUGAUGUAGGAUAUUGGGAGCACGAAUUGGCGACGCAUCUCCAGCAGAACACACAAGACGUGAAGGCUUGUACAACCUGGACGAGCUCAGUACCUAUACCGGGGGGUGAAGGCAACAUUGAACGUGUUGACGUAAGUCGCGUCGUUCUUCCCCGGCCUUACUCGUCACAUGCCACUCCCUUUACCUAUGUUAAUUUACGUGGCCACAAGACGAUCCGAUUGUUCCACUUGGAGGCGGCCGCAUGCCUGGAUGAUCCUCUUUGCGGUACACUGUCUGAUCACGAACCUAUCGAUUGCCCGCCCUUCGAAGCUCUUUCGUACGUGUGGGGCGAUACAACCGAGCAGUGCGUGAUCUCAGUGAAUGCCAAACCAUUCUGUAUUACAAUGAACCUAGCCGCAGCUCUGUAUAGAAUGCGCAGUCCAGAUGGGCCUCGAGUCCUGUGGGUAGACGCUAUAUGCAUCAACCAGCAAGACAACAAUGAGAAAAGCCGCCAAGUCAGCCUGAUGGAGAACAUCUAUCAAAGAGCGACUAGAGUGCUGGUCUGGAUAGGCGAGCAUGCAGAUAACUCCCAGUCGAUAUUUGAGUGGCAUGAGAGCAACAAAGACAAGAUCGAAGAUGAUGCCAACCAACCGAAGCACAUUGUUAGCCCACCAAAUUUCUGGUACUCCGAGGAGGCGCAGACUGCUUUCGAAGCCAUAUGCCGGAGGAAUUACUGGUAUCGCACCUGGAUUCUUCAGGAGCUUGGAUUUGGCGUCAAGGCGACCGUGAUCUGCGGAUCUGACAGCGUCGACCUGAAGGGUUCGUUCCGCUUUGGUCAAGAAGCCAGAUGGUUGAGCGACUAUCAUCCCCUACGUGGACCGCACGCAAUCCGGCAUGCAGAACGUGUAUCUCGCCUGGCAAACUACUGCGACAUUUCGGGCGUCGCUACAUUGACUCGAUGUUGCCAGUGUAAAGACCCUCGCGACAAGGUGUUUGGCAUCCUCGGAUUGCUCCCUAGUAAACCCAUUCCUGUCCACUACGACGGUCCUGUCGAGGAUGUCUAUCGCAGCUUCACGAAAGCAAUCAUCGAGCACCGCAACGACCUCCUCGCUCUGCACUGGCUAGGUCCAAAUCGCAGCUUACCUGGUCUCGAUUCGUGGGUCCCGGACUGGAGCAUCUCGAAGCCUGUGGGUGUACUUCCCCGAGCCCAUGAUACAGAGCGUCUCGGAUGGGAGCUCAAAGAUGCGCCUGACUUAUCUUUCUCGGGAUCAGAGCUCACCAUCAAGGGCGCUCGACUAGACAUCAUCCACUCCAUAGGAGGAACACUUUCCGUCCCGGACGAUUGUACCCAGACGAGUGCAGCAUUCAAUGCAACAAUGCUCCGCUGGGAACAGCUCGUCCUCGCUGAAGUCCAGAAACACGGCAUCAAAGCACUCGAAGCAUUCGCUCGAACUCUACAUGCCGAAGACGACUACUGCAUGGACAAAAGACCCGGCGGUCGCAUCCUCUUCCCUUUCGCAAUGUGGUACCAUCACUACGGCACCGGAUUCCUGGAAACUGAAGCGUCUCGGUCUUUCGAGCUCGUCGAACUCGCCAUGGUCAUCCUCGCCCAGAUCCAGGACUGGAACGACUGGGAUUCGUCCAUGCAGCAGAAGAUAUGGGGUUACACCGAGAGUAUGGAAGUCUCAUGUUACGGACGGCAGUUUUAUAUCACGGAGGGAGGGUCGAUGGGUCUUGCGCCGCCUGGGGCGAGGGUUGGAGAUGAGGUCGUGUUCUUUCCGGGUUCGUCGUAUCCUUUUGUUGUGAGGAGGAAUGAUGAUGGUAGGACGUGGGAGAUGGUGGGUGACUGUCAUUUGGAGAAGCUGGACGUUGAAGUCAUCAAAGCGACGCCGAUGGAGUAUUUUACGUUAAGAUAA